AUGGUAGGAUGGCGCCGAUGCUUAAGCACGUCGGUGACGUUCACGCCGGUGAGUGGCAAGGGUAGACUCAAGAUCCCCUUGAUGAAAAGUCCAUCUCAUCUCGGCCAUUUUACGUCACGAGUCAAUCGCAUGUACAAUGAAGAUCGAUACAGUGCUGGAGUUCUUGAUGUCAAUGGGUCGAAAAUCUUCAAUUUCAACAUCUUUGAUGGCCACGGAGGCGGACAGUGUUCUGACUUUCUCACAGACAAUUUGAGCCAGCAUGUGGAGAAUGCCAAUGGACUUGCUGCCGUGGAUGAAGCCGGUGACAAGCCUCGUGAAAAACUAAUCAAAACCUAUGCAAAAAACGUUGGCGGGUACUGGAAGCGAUGGUUUCGCCACCGCAAGCAAAACUUUGCUGGAAUGGCCAAAUCUGGAGUCCAAUUGAGCAAAAUCGACCACUCGCUGGAUCUCGGGAUGCGGAUACCAAUGUCGUUUUUGGAGGCCGACUAUGCGUUUUUCGGCCAGGAGGACAACCGCCUGGGGUCCACGUGCACGUCAGUGUUUUUACAGACGAUUUUCAGCGAAGACGGGGCGUCGGGAACGAAAGAACUGUACUAUUUCGGCCGCAAAACGGUUUCCCUUCUCAGCGUGGCCCAGGUGGGCGACACAAAAGCGAUCUUGGUGGACAAAAACGGUGACGCCCAUGCAUUGACGGAGGCGCACCAUCCUUCGAACCCAUUGGAGGCUUCUCGGUUGAGAAAAUACGCUGCUAAUUUCUUCAUGACAGACUCGUUCGGUGAAGAACGGUUUAUAUCGCUUGCUAAUACCCGGGCGUUUGGCGACGUCGAGUUCAAGCAGAUGGGGGUCACGGCAGAGCCGGAUAUCUCGCAAUACAUCAUUGGUGACGGCCAAGUAAUCAGGCACAAACUUACCGCCGAUGAAAUCAAAAAUUACACCGUAGGAGGACUCGGCGGCGACGAAAGUUUCUUGGUUUUAUGUACCGACGGUGUCACUGGCGUCCUAACCGACCAGGAAAUAGCCGACAUAGUCAUGGUCCAUGUGAACAUGAAGGGGACGCCGCGGGCGACGCCCCAAGUGGGAGCAGAAGAGGUGAUUAAAUUUGUGGAAUACGUGGGCGGCGACGAUAACGCUACAUGUAUGGUGAUCCGGUUGAGUGGGUGGGGCCACUGGCCCAUCGAGGACCGAACCGGCGAACUUCGUCAGCAACGCAUGAACGAUGGAAGAAGACUGGACCGAUAG